CAGAAAGGCUUUAGACGACAUAUCUAUAAGUUACUGUCACGAGUGAAUAAAAAGUGAUAAAAGUUUUGCUUUUGUUAUGUUAAAGAAAAGAAGAUAACGUGAUUUAUCCACAUGAUUUUAUUCCACGUAUUCAUCGGUCAACGUUCAAUGCAUUAAAUUAAAAAAAUGGCGGAAGGUUCGGAAUUGUGUUACUUUGAUUUAAGGAUUGUACAUGAUAAUUUUGAUAAAGCUUUAGUGCAAGACGACGAUGUUGAUAUUAAAGCAUAUUUGGAUGCCUAUAAUGAACUAUACAAAUUUUUCCAACUUAUGGGCAGUGUAUUCAGUUUUGUUUCUUCUGAUUUAAAGCAAAAGAUUGAUAUUCUCGUUGACUUAUUAAAUAAAAAUGAUCAGAAUUAUGUUACCAUUAAGUCUAUGUUAGAGCACGAAAAAGAAAAUAAACUCAUCGAAAAAUCAGAUAAUGUUAAUGGAGCGCGUACUCUGCUACGACUUCAUAGAGGCUUAGAUUUUAUAAGAGAAUUUCUACGACAACUGGGGGAGUUAAGUGACACCGAUAAAACAUCUACAUGCUGCCAAGAUGCGUACAACAAAACCUUAGCGAAACAUCAUCCAUGGGUAAUACGUAAAGCUGCGAUAGUAGCAAUGUAUACCAUGCCUACUAGAGAAAUAUUAUUUAAGAAGGUUUGCGGUGCCAAUGUACAGCGAAAUGUAGAUAUUCUACCAAAAAUGCUUGAAGUCACUGCAGAUGUAUUCAAUCGUACUCAUACUUUGUACGAACUGCAUCAAUUGCACACCUUACCAUAAACAAAAUAAGGUAUUGCGAUUAUAUGGAUGUCUUUAUAUCAGCAUCAGAAGUUUGAGCACGUAUAAAAAUGUAUGAUAAUAAGUGAUCGAUAGUAUUCAAGCUAUUGUAUCAGGCUGUUUCUCCGGCUAUGUCGCUAAUAAUUGCCAGCAUAAUUAUUCGCGAUACGAGGAUAGUUCUUAUUUAUUUUAAAAAUUUUGUUUUAUAGCACGAAAUAUCUGUAUAAUAGAUUUUCAGAGAUUAUUUUUCAAAUUAUUUAAUUUUGAUAAUCGAUUAACGUCUAUUUGUUUAGUUAUCUUAAAUUAUUCAAGCGAAGUAACAAAUAAUACUUUAAAGUAGAUUUAUUAAAUUACUUAAUACGUGAAAGAACAUAGUAGAGCACUAUAUACAAGUAUGUUCAAUUUGUGUGAUAUUUACGCUAUAUAUAUA